ACGCUUUUGACGUUAAGUGAUAUAUUCAAGGAUUUAUACGUUUUCACGGAUCAAUCCAAAGAACCCCCAGAAAAUGGAUUUGACUUUACGCCGAUGGAUAUUCUAAAAGUUCUUGACACAUUCCUCGACAACAAACAUUACACCACGGAUUUCGAGUUUUACAAAGAUUUGCGCUUUACCAUUAAGAAGCUGCGUGACGGUCACACGGACCUUAUAUCUGGUUGCUAUUUUUAUAAUGUGCUGUUUGACCAACAAAUAUAUUUGUACUCUGUGGUUGAAAAUGAAAAGCAGUUAAUAAAAGUUUUCGAUGAUUCGGUUGAUCGGAAAAACGUGGACUGUGAGGUAACACACAUCAAUUCGAAACCCGCUCUUCAAGUGAUCACAGAAUUCGCUAGGACUCAAUUAUCCACGUCAAGAGAUCUGGGAGUUCGAUUCAACGAUGCCCUUGUUUCCGUAAGUCAGACAAAAAUCGCUUUUACUUCAAACCUAUUCUCCGUGAGAAACGAUCUGCCCGAAUCCGGGUCCAUCACCUAUUCUCUGAAGUGCCCAAAUCGGAAGCCGUUUCAGCUUACGCGAAAAUGGAGCAUUAUCACAAACACCUUUUCGCGGUGGAACGACACAAAGACUUUUCAACAAUACUGUUCUUCUACUUUUCCAAUUUCAUCUAUUCCAGAACAAAAGAAUGCCUCAAGUUCCACUUACGGGAAGGCCGAGUUGGUAUUUGAAGGAACAGCGGCGAACGCAUACACCAUAGGAAAAGACCUCGGAGUAGUCGAGAUAAAUACCUUUUCCUUCCAUAGGGUCCGUGGAUUUAUUGAGAUCGGCUAUAAAUUGGCAUUGCAAGAGUUAGCUAAAAGGGGAGUCAAAAAGGUCGUGAUAGACUUCUCGAAUAACCCCGGCGGAUUUAUCACUUUCUCUAUUUUCCUUAAUGGAUUGUUGGUUCCGUCUAAACACAUUGCAUUUCCAACAGACCUUAGGGUCCCACCGAUAAUUCAGAAGGCCAUUCAAAGGGAAAGCGGAUCAAAUGACUCCGGAGGUUUCUAUCAAGCAAGUGGUUGGAAUUCCUUUGUCACUGGGAAACCCUUUACUAGUGCGGAUCAAUUUAUUGGUAACCGAAGUUUAACCCGUGGUGGCACAACCAAUAGAUAUUCGGCGUUGUUUAAUGAUAUUUUAACGGAUCAGGAAAUCAAUGAACUGAAAAAAAAAACAAAAUUCCCUUGGGACAAAGACUCCAUAAUUAUUCUGACAAAUGGUCAUUGUGCAUCAGCUUGUGCACUGGCCUCACAGUACCUCACGGAAAUCGGUCAGUAUCAAACAGUUGCCGUAGGAGGAUUUCUUAAUCAAUCGUUAUCGUUUUCUACAUUCCCCGGCGGGGAGUUACUCAAUGACGGAAUACUUCCGGAAAUAAAUGCGCCUCAUCAGUUCCAAUCCAAUUUGGCUUUUUCAUUCACCAUUCGAGAAGCAUAUAGCCUGAAGAAUUUGACAGAAGUCCUGGAUUUUAAAUACAAGCCUGCGGAUCAUAGAUUGUCUUAUGAUGAGAGGAAUGCCAGGGAUAUUAGUUUAUUAUGGGAACAGGCCGCGAGCUUCUUAAAAUAA